CCGGACCCCCUUCACCUGCCCCCUCUGCCCAGGAGCCCCAUGGCCGCCGCCUGUGAGAUCAGCAACGUCUUCAGCAACUACUUCAGCGCCAUGUACAGCCCCGAGGACCCCGCGCCGGCCCCGGCCCCGGCCCCCCCGACCGCCGCCGCCGCCGCCGCCUUCGGGGCCGACGACCUCGUGCUGCCCCUGAGCACCCCCCAGAUGCCGCCCGGGGGCCCAGAGAAGGCCAGCUGGUCGCGGGAGCAGCCCCAGUUCUGGUCGAAGGCCCAGGUGCUCGACUGGAUCAGCUUCCAGGUGGAGAAGCACAAGUUUGACGCCAGCACCAUCGACUUCUCGCGCUGCGACAUGGACGGGGCGGCGCUCUGCAGCUGCGCGCCCGAGGAGCUGCGGCGGGUCUUCGGGCCGCUGGGGGACCAGCUCUACGCCCAGCUGUGGGACCUCACGUCCAGCUUCCCGGACGAGCUCAGCUGGAUCAUGGACCUCCUGGAGCAGGACAGCACCUCGUUCCAGGAGACGCUGGGGGACCCCGGCCCCUUUGACCAGGGCAGCCCCUUCGGGCCGGAGACGCCGGAGGACGGCCUGCAGCCCAGCCCCUACCACGCGGGCGGCUUCGGCGCGGGGGCCCCCUCCCCGGGCAGCUCGGACGGCUCCACCGGCUCCCCCGCAGGGACUGGUGCCUCUGGGUGCUCCCACUCCUCCGACUCGGGGGGCAGCGACAUGGACCUGGACCCCAGGGACAGCAAGCUCUUCUCCAGGGCCGACUUCCCCGACGACAAGAAGGGGGACCCCAAGCACGGGAAGCGGAAGCGGGGCCGGCCCCGGAAGCUGAGCAGGGACGCCCGGGACGGCGCCGAGGGCCGGAAGAGCAAGCACGCCCCCAGAGGCACCCACCUGUGGGAGUUCAUCCGGGACAUCCUCCUCCACCCGGAGCGGCACGAGGGCCUGAUGAAGUGGGAGAACCGGCAGGAGGGCGUGUUCAAGUUCCUGCGCUCCGAGGCCGUGGCCCAGCUGUGGGGCCAGAAGAAGAAGAACAGCAGCAUGACCUACGAGAAGCUGAGCCGGGCCAUGAGGUACUACUACAAGCGGGAGAUCCUGGAGCGCGUGGACGGCCGCCGCCUCGUCUACAAGUUCGGCAGGAACUCCAGCGGCUGGAAGGAGGAGGAGGUCGGGAGUCGGGACUGAGGGUCCGAGUGGACCCGCGUCAGACGCGUGGACUCGAGGCCGUGGCCCCGAUCCAUGGGCCGACGGGAGGACUGUUCUGUGGGGGAAGCAGAGGCCUGGGCCUCCUCGCCGCCGCCUCGUGGAGUUACAAGCUCUGGGUGUGAAGUGACUUGUUUCGGUGACAAUUUGCACGUGUGGCCUCUACGGGGCCUCCGGACGCCUGGUCCGGACCAGCUGCCGACACCACCUUCCUCCUGCCGGUGCCGGACGGAGGCCGGGAGGCGGGGAGGUCCGGGGCGCCGGGAACCAGGGGACGGGGCCGGCACUCCGCCCCGGACCGGCCCGCCUCCCUCCCAGUGCGUGGGCUCCGCGGGCGGGGGUCAGAGCACGCCCUAAUUUAUGUGCCUUAGAUGUGCCAGGUGUACAGACAGGUCUAUUUUUUCUAAGACGUCCCCCUGACCGCUCUCGGCCCUGGGCUGGGCCAGCAGGGGGGCGGGGGUGCCUGACGCUCAGGAUGGUCCGGCUCCCGGCUCCUGAGCGGGGCACAGAGAACCCCCCAAUAAAGUGCCUUCUGAGCUUUUUGUAA